GAUUAGACAUUGUGUCAACGACAGUAGAUAAAACUAACAAAAGAAGUGUCGUGCCGCCUUUUUAUUGUCUCCUUGUUAUUCCCAUUUCCCGUUUGAAAUAAAAAACAGCAACCUUUUAUUCUUGUGUUCAGUGGCGUCAUCCCGUGAGAAGACUUUUACGACAACGAAGACGCCAUUGGUGUUUUCUUAAAACAGUCCAACAUUGCAGCCUUACAUCGUGUUGGGAAGUUGUGUGUGUCUAGUCAUUAGUUUUGGUUGGUCUUUUGGGCCGUGGUUGGUGAAACAUUGACCUACACGUUUGACGAGGAGGAGGAAGAGGAGGAGGAGGAGGAAAGUUCGGAUGUGAUUUGGUGAGCUUUUACUCUGCAAGGUUCCUGCACUCCAACCUCCAACAUGAGCGCGAAAGUUUGUGGGACAAAUUACCCCACCAGCAUCUGUUUCAUCGUGGUCAACGAGUUCUGUGAACGUUUCUCCUACUAUGGCAUGAAAGCGGUGUUGACGCUCUACUUCCUGACAUACCUUCACUGGGACCACGACCUGUCCACGGCCGUCUACCACGCCUUCAGCAGCCUCUGCUACUUCACGCCCAUCCUGGGAGCGCUCAUCGCCGACUCCUGGCUCGGGAAGUACAAGACCAUCAUCUACCUGUCCAUUGUCUACGUCAUUGGACAUGUGGUCAAGUCGUUGGGCGCCAUUCCUUUGUUGGGCAACAGCAGCAUACACAUAGCUUUGUCCAUGGUGGGUUUGAUCCUCAUCGCCUUCGGAACAGGCGGCAUCAAACCCUGCGUGUCCGCGUUUGGAGGAGACCAGUUCCAAGACAAGCAUGUGAGCGAGAGGAUGAAGUUCUUCUCCAUCUUUUACAUGUCCAUCAACGCAGGCAGCCUCUUGUCCACCAUCAUCACACCUAUCCUCAGAGGUCAGGUCUUCACUUUCUCACUCCGACCUUCACUCACACACACUGAUGGUGUCUCCUCGCCUGCAGGAGACGUGGAGUGUUUUGGUGGCGACUGCUUUGCUCUGGCCUUUGGUGUCCCCGCCGCUCUCAUGAUGGUGGCUUUAGUUGUGUUCAUAGCGGGCAGCAGCCUCUACAGGCAGAACCCUCCUCAGGGGAACAUCUUGAUGGAAGUCUGCAAAUGCAUCGACUUUGCCAUCAAGAAUCGCUGGAGGAGGUCCAAGUACGAGUCCAGCAGGAAGCACUGGCUGGACUGGGCUGAGGACAAGUACUCGAAGCGUCUGAUCAUGGAGAUCAAAAUGGUUUUGAGGGUUUUGGUGCUCUUCAUCCCUCUGCCCAUGUUCUGGGCUCUGUUCGAUCAGCAGGGUUCCCGCUGGACGCUGCAGGCCACCAGGAUGAACAUGGGCUUUGGGGCCUUCUCCGUUAAACCCGAUCAAAUGCAGAUGCUGAAUCCUCUGCUGAUUCUCGUCUUUGUGCCAAUCUUUGACCUCAUCAUCUAUCCGCUGGUUGGCUUGUGCAGGAUCAACAUCACGCCGCUGAGGAAAAUGGCCACUGGGAUGGUUUUUGCGGCGCUAGCCUUUGGUGCUGCCACCCUGGUGGAGGUCAAUGCUGUGAAAACGGUGGUGGAUCCAGCACCGGCUGGCAAGUGUCUGCUGCAGGUAUUCAACCUGGCACGGGGGGACGUCCAUCUUCGAUUUCCUGACGGAGAGCCUUUUCCACAGCCGAUCCCUUACCUCCAGGACCCCCCACAGUACGUGACUGUGCCGCUAGGGGCGCCCAGCAGCAACUUCAGCAUCGACGUCCGCUUGAGCAGGUCCUCAUCUGCGUGCGACGUCGCGUUUGUCCAGCAGGAGGCGUACAGUCUCAUCCUGCACCCCUCGGCCAAUGGAAUACAGUGCUCACUGGUGCAGGAUCACAUCAAGAAGGAUGACAAAGGCGCUCCUCUUCUCAGGUUCCUCAACACUUUGUCAGAGGCGGUCAGCGUGACAGUGGGAGACGAGGUAUUUCCUGUGUCUUCCGAUUACAGCGUAUCCGCCAACAAGACCGUCGAACGGGGAGAGUACAACAAGGUGCACUGCAGUUUCAAGUCAAAGACGUGCUCUGACCUCGACCUCGGACUCCUGGACUUUGGAGCCUCCUACACCGUCAUCCUGGUGGAGGAUUCGGGUAUGAUGGCGGCCCACAAGAUGGUGGACGUGCAGGCCAACGACGUGCACAUCGCCUGGCAGAUCCCCCAGUACGUUCUCAUCACGGCGGGGGAGGUCAUGUUCUCCGUCACGGGCCUGGAGUUCUCCUACUCGCAGGCCCCCGCCAACAUGAAGUCCGUGCUGCAGGCCGGGUGGCUGCUCACCGUCGCCUUCGGGAACGUCAUUGUUUUGAUUGUGGCGGAGGGGGCCGGGCUAGAACAGUGGAAAGAAUUCCUGCUGUUUGCUGGCCUGCUGCUGGGCGUCUGCAUCAUCUUCUCCAUCAUGGCCUACUUCUACACAUACGUGCAGCCCAAGCAGAUGGACAACCUCUACCUGGAGGACGAGGACGAGUGCGAGGGCGCGCUGCAGAAGAAGAAGGAGGAAAGUGAAAGCAUUCAGCUGAAGAAAGCAGACAAGAGCACCAGACUGUAGUGACAGCCAUGUAUGUAUUAUCUCUAUUUGAUUUAUCUGAUAAUGAAGCAGGGGGACGACACAAGCUUGUGUGUUAUAAAGAUUAGUGAAGCAUAUUUACUUUUAAAUUGUCAAGACUGAAUAUCACAUUUUUGUGGCUUGUUUCUUUAGAUCAGGGGUGGGCAGACCUUUUGACUCACGGGCCACAUUGGGUUAAAAAAAUGUGGCGGACGGGCCGUCUAUAUAGAGGUGGCAUCAAACAGAACGACAUACUUGCUCACGGUGCAACGGAACGAAAGCGCAACACACCCACAGCAAGUGAACGCAUCACAUAAAUCAACAAACAAACGCUAAACAUAGCACGUAACUUAAAACUGUUAAAACUGUCCCAAACGCCUGCACAGCAUGCUGGGUAGUCCAGCUGCAACAACAAUAUGAACUAUGAACAAUAAAGCAUUGGAUAUCAAGAGUAUGUUAACUCCUCCUUGUUCACUUCUCUGACGAUCUCAACAUAUUUUGCAAUCAAGCAAAAAUGCGCCAAACACAGCAAAAUGUUGAAGAAAGUGUACCACAACCUACCCAGCAUGCCUUGCGGCGGGAAUACACGGGUGUUUUCUUAUGGCGUGGGUAUUGCGCGUAUAUAUUUUGUAUGCCCACAUGGUGCAGUAGGUUACUUUGUGCGUCGUGUGUGUGUUGUUUGGAUGGCUUUUUUGUACAAGCUACAGAUUGCGUCUGACAAUUGCGGUGAAUAGCACUGCAAGACAUCUUGCUGGCUACAGUUUCUAUGGUAAAGGCUUAAAAAAAGGAAUUUGGAAGUGCCCGGUGGCCCGAAUUAAGACGCCUGAUGUGGCGUGUGGGGCCACAGUUUGUCCACCCCUGCUUUAGAUGCUAAUUGUUGCUGUUAUUGAGAUUCUAUUGUAAUACCAUGGCAAGAAUGCCUUUUUAUUUGUUUAAAAUCUACCAUGUACCCCCUCCUAGUAUUUUCUACAGGCGGUCCUCGUGUUAAGACGCACGCCCAUGAGUUAUUAAUACUGUACAAACAGACAGACAGCUAAGUUAUGUGCGCACGGCAGAACACGUUCUCUACACUAAGGAAGGACGUCACUUUUAUCCCCUUCAUUAUGUCUCCUAAGUGCGAGGCAGACUCUUCUGAUGACAACGCGUCACAGGCAAAGAAAGUGAAUUCCUCGACGAAGCUCGUGGCGCCAGCAGAUGAUAGCUGGCUCCUUCGCUGACUCGAUAACACUUACUGUAGUUGCUGACAUAAACAAAACUCUUUUCCUCUGCCUAUGUCAAGGUAGUUGUCUACAUUCUGGAACAUAUCUGGCUGGUGCAAGCUGCUUUGCCCUGCCACUUUUCUGUUUGACCUUUGACACACUUACAGAUGUUCAUCUACUCAGCUAAUUAUUGAAGAAAGCAUUAUUUCUAUAAACUACUUGUAAUCAUUCACUAAGUUAUUAGAUGAAUUCAUUAAGCAGUUAUAUCUAUACUGUACUUAUUCUAAGGCACUCAACAAUAAUUCAAUCAAUAGACAUCAGUGCAGUUAUUCUAAAAUCUACUUGUGAUAAUUAUUUACCCACUCAGUAAAUAAUUUUUUUCUCCACGAGUUAAACUGCACAUUUUGGAGUGGCCUUUUAUUGUGGCCAACCUAAGGCACAUCUAUGCAAUAAUCAUGCCGUCUCAUCAGCAUAUUGAUACGCCACGCCUGUGAGGUGGAUAGAUUAUGAAUGAAGAAUGCUCACCAACGCAGACAUAGGUUUGUGGUUUGUGAACAAUAUUUGAGAGAGGGAGGGAGGCCUUUUGUGUUUUUGAAAAAAAGUUUUAUAUCUCUGAGUUCAACUCAACAAAAAUGGGACAAAAACAAAAUAACAGUGCACAUAAGAAUGAGGCCUCAGUCGCAUUUGGGAAAAAAAAAUCUGAAUUGUACUGACAUGAAAAAAAUCAGAUACAGGUCACAUACACUACUGGUCAAAAGUUUUAGAACACUCCAAUUCCUCCGAAGGAAAAAGCUACAUUUUUAAGUGUUAAGAUGGUCUGUCUCUCUUCCAUUGUUAACUCCCUUUUUUCUUGCCAUUUCUGUAGCAACAAACGAUUUUCUCCAGUACAAUGAUGUUCACAAGGGUAUGGUACCACAGUGUGGUGCCAACACUGUUUUUAUGCAGACAGAGGAGGUAGUAAGUACUCCAGAACUUGGAAUACCUGUACGAAUUAAGCCUCUUUUUAACCUCUGCCACUUCACUACCUUUGUACCAUUUCAAGCUCUUCACUGGAUCAUUUCAAGGACCCUAGUGAGGAUAAGCGGCAUAGAAGAUGAUGGAACUGGAAAAAUUGGGGUUCUAAAACUUUCGACCGGUAGUGUCGGAAUUGACCUGCAGUGUGAAUGUAACCUAGGCGGUGUUGUGGUCUCAUUAUUGAGACGUCCUCCUCCCAAUAAGCCUGUCUCUCCAUCCCUUGCAACACCCCUUCCACUGUGCAAGACAACCACGCACACAAAAGUAAGGAAUUCUUCUCAUUCUUGUUACUGUUUCAUUUAAUUCUCGGAUACGUCUUUCAUGUGUUCUGUGUACAGUAUGACUCAGGUGUUAAUUUAGGUAUAUUUGGGUUAAGACUAUACUAAAACUCGACUUACAUGGCCGUUGUUGGAAGAAAACUCGUUGGUAGACCGAGGACCGCCUGCGCAGUACCGUACUUACAUUUCUUGUUUUUGUCAGCAGCUGUGCAAUUUGUGAACAUUUUUUCUUUACGCUGUGAGAGGAGUGUAAAAAGUAAGACUGUCGCUCAGGUGCACUGAUGAUUUAGCACCUUGUUGUGUACAAAACACUGUCAUGUUUGUCAAAACAUUGUGGAAGCAAAACAUGUUUACAUGUGUGAAACAUUAAAAUGAAGGAUGUUGCGCCAUUAGCAUACAAAACUGUUGUUUAUCCUUCCUGCGAGGACGCUGGUGCCGGCGUCCUUCAUCAUGUUAAGGGGGCGAGACACUGCGUUUGUCCCCCAUCUUUCACUUUGAUGGCAAGGCGUCCGCCUUCUUUGAAUAACGGCGCAGAAAGUGGACACUUUGGUGGCGCGCUUUCUGCCCUGCCCACUUCCUGGAUGCAGACUGGAGGGUAAGAAGAAGAGUCAUCAGAGAUUGUUUAUUGCUGUAGUGAUGGAGUUCUCUGCUUGUCUAGCAGGAGCUCGGCGACCCUGGCGAUGACCUCAGGAUGCAGCAGACACUCCAGCAGGUCGUCUGUGGUGAUUGUCUCUGAUGUCUCCCCAUUGUGGUCUCCUUGCGCAUAAGGACCCGCUCCGCCGUGUUCUACGGGCAGGUGGCGUACGGGAAGUAGACACGGCCCGAAGGGUACAGCGUCGCGAUCACGCCGUCUGAUUUGUCCACUUGAGUCCCUCUUGGCUGCGUGAGUGUCAGAGUUCACUUGGUUUGUCCUCCGUCGCUGAGCGUAGGCCUGGACUGCCAGGUUGAUGUAGUGCAUGUUGUCAUUAUGGGAUGUCACACCUUCCUGCAAGGGAACACAACGACUUUCGUGAUGUGGGAUGGAUCGAAUAUCAUUUUAAAAGCUCCUGAAAUGAGGUCAUGGGUGGAAACAAUGGACAAAAAAGGACCAGCAGCAUUAGCUUUGCUGUGCGAUGUCUAGCAUGAUGAUGAUGUCUAGCGCUGUUGUCUCUCGCUCGGUGGACCCUGGUUCGAGCCCUGGUCAUGCAAAGGGACGGCCCAAACGGGUUCCACUUACCUCAGUGGGGUUGAGCCAGUCGUCUGUGUUCUCAUCGCUCUUCAGGGCGCACACCACCGUCUUCGUGACGGCCUCGCCUACUCGCGCCGCAUAGUCGUCCUCCUGAGAGAUGCAAGUUUACAUCCUGUUCAUGAAUCAGUGAGGCAGUAGAUUGAGUUGAAUUAGGGUGGUGGCGUACGAGUUCAAUCCAGGAGUUGACACUGACGGUGAUGGCGUCCACCGACUCCACGUAGUGCCACCAGUGUCUGGGCACGUAUAGAACCUGGAAGGACAGGACAAAGUUCUCAAGAUGCUACACACCACCCCUUGCAGCCACCAGAUGGCAGCAUUCUUCUUUGUCACCCACACGGUUGAACCCGAUUGAUUUUCUGCCUUCUCGGCAGUCCUCAUUCAUUCAUCCAUCCAUGGCUUUGUUUGCUCAACAUGCUCAGCAGACACUUUUAGGAACACUAGUUCAUCAACACCAAUACAAAACAGGCCAUGUUUGUUUUCCAUUCAGUUGUCACAUGAGCAGUGCACACUGUCACAUAAAGUUAUGUAAGAGGCGACCUCAAGCGAGGCCAGAGAUUUAAGAAGCGAUUCAAGUGAUGACCUAUUUAAUGGACUGGCCUGAACUUGACCUGCUCACUUUUUGACGAGCCGGCGACGGCGACCUCCAUAAAAGCUGAGCACGAGCGAGGUUGGCUGGGGUCAUUAACUCCCGUUAGACUUUUAUGGACGGACAGUAAGACGGGACAUUUGUGCUCUUAGACGCCUUGCUACGUGUGUGCGUGAAAAUACUGGCGGUCAAUCACCUGCCCAGGCUGCAGGGUGACUGUGUGGGCCCUGGCGCUCCUAAAUGCAGGGAACCUCUUCAGGUCAGGAUGCAGGACGUCCACGCGGCUGAAGACACUGGACUCCUCGUAGGGGAUCCUGGUCGGGUAUAGUUUGGACGUGUCCUCUGGUGGGAACAGGUGCCAACGCUUCCUGCACACCGGGCGGACAGUGCAGCCGAACAUGUUUGACCAAAAAUAUGUGGUGGUGGUUAUGGUUUCUUACACUUUUAUGAUACCUGCUAUUACGUUAUUGUAGCUGAUCUGAUCCGAACUCCAUCAAGAAAACGACUGUUUUAUAAAUGGCAUGUUUGUCAGUGUGGAUGCAAAGUUCUUACAAAUCAGCGUCGUGGUGAAAGUGAAAGUGCAUCUGUUAGAAGCAGAAGCCACGCUGCGACGAUGUCAGCGCUUACCGUCCUUGUACCUGCAGGACCAGGUUACAGCCGUAAGAGUCCAGGUGGCAUGGUGUGUUGGCCCCAUCUGAGCCGAUCCAUAAGGUGCUUUCCUGUCCGUUCCGCCCCUCGAACCCAAACACCUCCCACUUUACAUCCUGUAACACAAACACAGUAGCUGCAGUGAUGACUUUAUGUUGCGACAACAAUAUUCCGCUCUGUCAAAUGAAGUCGUCAUCACACAAGCAGGCAGCAGUAGAUGGCAAACGGGUCAGCCUCGCCUUGAGGCACAUUUGACAGCGCACCGUUUGCCUGCUGAAAAGCAGCGAUAAUGGCAGGUGGACACGCUGGGAAAAUUAAUCUGCCAAAUAAAAGUCAGCGUGUGCGUGCUCGGCGCUCGGGAAGAGACGACCCUUUAAUGUCUUUAUCUCUCACACGCUGUAAGGAGAAGCUCUGCAUUUGAAAUGAAACUGCCAAAACCUGAGGAUUAUUUUUUGUCAUUCAAUUUACACUGUGGGAUUGCCUGAAGCCUUUUAAUCUUCUUAUAAAAUGGUAAUAGUAUAUGAAUAUAAUAGUUUCAAUCAUAAGCAGCCUGGUUUAAAAUGUAUUUCCAUCUUCCUUCAGUGCAGUGUACGUUCAUGGAAUGCCAGGACUUUGUCUUCUGGGUCUUACUAGUAGCAGAAUCACACUCGUGUAAAACAUCUAGAAUGUCAUUAAGUAGAACGCAGACGUCCGUCAAGGCCGAACAAUCCUCAACAUGACCGACUGACUCGUUUGAUGGCAAGUGUCAAGCGAUGACAUUCCACUACAGGCCUGUAGGUGGCAGUAACUUGCAUUACAAAGUGGGUGUCAUCUGCUGGAUAUGGUGGGUCACUGGCCCCGGACCCCCAACCCAUGUGACCCACCCACCCACCCAGUCAGAAAGCCAUUGCCAUAACUGAGCAUUUUUUAUGCUAUUUUCGAUAGAAAACCUGUUUACAACCUUCUAAAUACGUUUUUUUUUUACAUUAUUAGAGAGCUCUGGACAUAAAACAACACCCCUAUAGUUGCCUUCACACUAUAUAUUUGGGAAAUAAGCCAUUAAAGACAUUAACAAGACUCCUGCUUGUGUGUGUUGCUGUAAAUGUGUUCAGGCGCAGAAGGGAAAUGACGUUGGGGAUUCAGACUUGAGUUUCACAAUAACUAACAGUAGCCUGUGUUGGGGAUUAUUGUGUUUUUAACUUUGUGAUUAUUGUGCCUGUUUCAUUGUUGUACCUCAUUCAAACCUGCAAUAAAAGCCUGUUGU